UUUCAUCUUUUCAGUACUUUUUCCUUCGGCAAUUUCAUAGUCGAAAUGUAAUUGCUGGAUAAUACGAAAUUUCAAGUAUUUAUAAAUAACAUAUCGUUGCGGACGUAGUGCUAAAUUAUAUAUUGGUUGUACUGCCUAUUUUAUUGUCUUAACAAAAUGAAAACUAAUUUACUAUUUGGAAUAAUCGCCAACUCGAAAACACGGGUGCGAUGCGUUUUUUGUGGUGUCUACAUACCCAAGGCGAACAAGUGUAUCGAUCAACAUAUAAAUGGGACAAAACACAAGGAGAAUAUCGAUUUGAUGUCUGAAAAUGGUAUAUCCUUUCACAACGACGCUGAUAUUUUGUAUUGUAAACCUUGCGAUAUUUAUUUGCCCGAACAUGAGUCUGUGACUAAACACAUCGAAACAGACAGCCAUGCGAACUGGGGAGCGGCAAUGCAAGACCUUGUGGAAGGUGAAUUCAUCAGACUGAAUGACUAUUUAUCGUCCAAAUCUGAUAACGCAUUUUGCGAAGUAUGCCAAUCGGAAAUCCUCUGUCUACUUCCAAAUAUCGAGGAACAUGUUAACACUUUGAGUCACCGUGGCAAUAUAGCUGAGAGGCUGAAGCCACUCAAUGGCAUAUUUAACUGUGAAAAUGAUGAUGAAGUUUGGUGCAAAGUAUGUGAUGGGUAUAUAACCAACUCUGUAUCAUAUAUUCUGGAGCAUAUUGAUGAAGACUCACAACAUAUGGAAUGGUUUAUGGAAAUUGAAGAUUUAAUUGAAGACCAAGAUAUAUCUCUAGAGAAAUACUUAUCAAAUGAAUUUGAAAAGUCUGCUUAUUGUAAGAAAUGUAAUGUUGAUGUAAUUUGCAAUGUGCAAAGUCUUGAACAGCACAUUCACAGUGAAUCACACAUAAAUCAAUUAAGUGUGAUUGAACUUUUGUAAUCUAUCAACAAUUUUAAAUGUAAUACAUACUCAGACAUCUAAGUGUAGUAUCUCAAACCAUAUAACAUAGAAAUCUUAUAGUAUGUAACUAUAGGUUUCUACUGAUUAAACAGAAACAUAUUGUUUUCUGUUGUUUUUCAAAACAAAUGUGAAUGAUGACAAGUUUUACCAGUGGGAACAUAGAGCAACUUAAUUGAUAUAUUAAACAAAACUCAGUCGAACCUGAAUAAGCAAAAAACAUCUAUAAUCAAGAGACAAUGUCCUGACCAAAUCAACUUUGGUUAGAUAGAAACUCUGAUAAGCACGAAAAAUAUGGACUCUUGCAUAUCCAGAUUUAACCAUAAAUGUAAUCUUUAGCUAUUACAUAAUUAAAAUUAUUUAUUUCCAACAUUAUUUAGGAAGAAUUAGAUUUUUGAAGAUCUUACCUGUAUGCAUAUACAUUUCUCUGUAGUUAUGUAUCUCUAAAGUGCUUAUAUAUUUAUUAAUCUGCUUUCAAUUGAUUAUAAUAUAACUGUUUUAGUAAGAGUAGUAUUACUGUGAAAAAUAUAGCCAAAAUAUAUAACAAAAUAUCUUACCCACCGUUGUGAAGGUUUUGUUAUGUUUAACAAAG